GGAAGAUACAUGUUCCUCGUUCUCCUCGUCAUGACGUCCACGUUGCAUCUCUUUCCAUUGUACCUGUUUUCCCGGAAGAAGCCACCACGGGGCCUUGCCCCGAGCCUCACCACUUGUCUCGCCGGUGAUACAGUGCUUGCAUUUGGACCCCGGCAAUCUCCACGAGUCCUGUCUCCGAUACCGAUCCAUUUCCAGAUCUAACCGAGAUGUCCCACAUCUCGUUUCAUCAGCCACCGUCUUUUCGUCAGUAUCUCUCUGGUUUACAAGGGCUGUUGCCUGAUGUUUUGACGUCAACUUCACCGGGGGACCUCGUCCCGUUGCGUUCCCUGGCCUCGAUUCGGUCAGGAACGUCAGGAAACUUUGCAGAUGUCGAUGAUUCAUUAAGCACAACUUUCAGGACGAGAUGAUGUAUAUGGUGCUUUUGACCGGUCGGUGGUGAGAUUCGUCUAUAUAAACAGCUCGUCCUUCCUCCCAACGACAAUCCUUUUUCCCUCAACCAACAAUCACAAACAUUCCAACAAAACAAUUACCAAUCAAUCCGAGUUUGAUCACUCCAGAUCUUCCAAACCAAUCAACAUGUCUGACUACAAGCCAACUGAACACGACGGUCUCCGCAAGGACGGCCAGCCCGACCAGCGUGUCCAACAGGACAGCUUCGCGCACGGCAAGGUUGACCCCCACGAGGCCGGCAAGAAGGGUGGCCAAUCGUCUGGCAGCUCCGACAGCAGCUCCGGUGGUAGUGAGAACUCCCAGGGAGCCUCCAACCUCGGCGGUGAUGGUCUUCGCAAGGAUGGGCAGCCAGACCAGCGUCUGAAGCAGAACAAUUAGGGAGUUUCUCAAAGACUCCUUACGUAUGAUUCUACACAAAAUCACUACCACAACACACCGGGGUCGUGGAAGGGAGGGAGAUGGGAAGAAAAGAAAUGUUGGAUGUCUUGGAGCUUGUCGAUUAACUGUCAUGAUGCCUGAACGUUGUGAACGAUCCUGUUCUGAGUUUACAUAUCAGAUAGUCAAUCAUGACUUGAUCGAGAAGUUAACUAUGCUCGCAAUAACAAUGUAACCUCCAAGAGUACCUUGUGCUUGAUAAAGUAGAAACAAGUUCGCUGUCAAUAGCCACUG